AUGGACAUCUUUGAAAAAAUCAGGCAAUUAGAUUUAUUAUGCGAGAUUGCAUCUAAUGCUGCUGGCAUGGAUAAAGAUGCAUUCAUCGCAAUUGCAAUAGUGAAAGGGAUCUGUCGAGAAGCUAGAGAUCGCAACAGAGAAGAUGGGAUUGCCAGAGCUGAGAGAGAGUCAAUGGAGGUUAAGGCAAAGCAAAUCCCGGCGACCAAGUCAUCUAUUGAUGCUUUGGGACGAGAAGUUUUCAACGAUUCGGGUUCAGCAACAGACUGCAUUGUUUGUAUGGAAGAGAUUGAGGCAGGGGAUGUAGCAAUUCGGAUGCCGUGCUCGCAUGUUUAUCACUCAGACUGCAUCGUUAAGUGGUUGCAGAUUUGCCACAUGUGUCCACUUUGCCGCUAUCAUAUGCCCUUUCAAGCUCUCCUCUUCAAUGGGUCGAUAUUGAUCAGUUCUGACUUCAGCAAUUUCGCUCCUCUGAUUACUUAUCUAUUGGUUUCAGCCAUGUUGACAGAGAAACUUGUUUCUAGCUAG